UGGAGAACACAUGCGCUCAGGCAACAAUCCUUACGCACUUGGCGAUAUCUAUCGAACGUCACUACGUCAUAUGUAAACCACUGAAGGCCAGCUAUCGGUGCACGGCCCGUCGGACCAUCAUCAUGUGCAGUGUCGUUUGGUUCGUGGCCACUAUUAGUAGCGUACCUCACAUCAUUUUAUCAAAACACAUUCCCUGCGUCGAUUCAACUGGUGAUAUAAGGUACACUUGUACCUUUUCUUUCGACAAGGUCUACUUUUCAGUAACUUAUUUCAUCUCUGUUCCCGUUCUGUUUUUCUUCUGUCCAGUUAUUUUUCUCUCGGUUAUUUAUGCUAAAGUUGGUUUAACCUUAAGAAGACAUGACGAGUUUAUUGCUUCUAUGAGAGAACAAAAGCUUUUUAAGGAUACAAAGGGUUACACUGAUGAUAGUAAUGUUAGAAAAGAUACGAGGGAAAUGACCGUAUUUCUUGGGUUUCGAAUGAUGGGCAUUUGUGGAGUUGACGGCUAUGCGUCUGCAAAUAACGCACCCAACACGUGUCGAAGAUUAAGUAGAGAAAAGCUGAUUCGAGAUGAAACACACGCCAACACUAACGGCAAUGGAAAUGUGAAGUCCAAUAACUUAAGGAAAAAUAAUGUUUGCAGUGAUAUCGAUACGUUACCUGAAUAUCCGUCCAACGAAACAUCUUCUUCGGACAGAAGAUUUUCUCAAGUUAGCGCCAGCGCGCAGACGAUAGUAAAGGCCAAUCCGGAAUCUUCAUCUUCGCUUGCAAAACUAACGAGACCCAACGCUUACAAAACACCCUCGAACGUGUCCUACCAGCGUCAGCACCACAUCCGAAUUGUUUUCAUGUUAAUCUGCGUGGUCAUUUCUUUCUUCAUAUGCUGGUUGCCAUUUCGUAUACUCAAUUUAUGGGUCUUAAUCAGUCCUACAACCAUGAUACCGGCAGUGGGCAUUUCAGGUUUUUAUGGAAUCGUCAUAUUUGCACGGGUCAUGAUCUAUUUAAACUCUGCCAUUAACCCUAUAUUGUACAACGCAAUUUCUUCAAAAUUUAGGGCAGCUUUUAGAGCGGUGUGUUGUGGAAAACCAAGAAACAAUCGUAGACGAAGUCGCUACCUUCGUUCGACGUCGUCAUUUCCAUCGAAUCCGCAAAGCAGAAGGAGUCAAGUAGACCAGGUUUAAAUAAGCUACUGUUGUCAUCCAGACUCGUCAAAUGUUAGCGCAUUUGUAUGACUUAACUUUGACAGAGAGAAUUCAUUAUAAUAAGAUAAAUAUAUGCGACGUAUCACCAACAUUUGUUAUUCACGGGGAUUUGUUUGUCGCAUUACAUUGUGGUAGCUAUACUAUGUAUAUAUUUAGCUGUAACUAGCCAAGUGAUGAUGAUGAUUUCCAAAAAUGUAAAGUAUACUUAUUCUUACAAUGCUAAUAAUUGGUAUAUUGCUACAAUCAUAAUUGUUAUUAUUUUUUAAGAAAACGAUUAAAUUGUAAUUGUAAUUAAAGAUUGCCUUCAUCAUCAUCGACAUUAUCAUCACUUCCAAUGUCGUUAUCAUUAUUAUCACCAUUAUCACAUGUCAUUGAUGUUACCGCUAUUACCAUUUCGCUCUAGUUCCAGUCUCCCUAAUCUUCGUUUGUUUUACUUCGUAAUUCUCGUUAUUAUGAUUUUAAUUUUGUUUUUCAUGUAUAUGUUUCUUUAUAAUUGUUUAAAUAAUGAUUUACUUUAUAAUUUCAACACCCAGUUCUCAGUUUAUUAUCUUACUUUGACAAUGACGAAAAAUUGUUCUGUUUUACUAAGACAUAGGAAGUAUAGUUCUUCAUGUUUCUUUAUCUCACCUAUCUUAUCGUUACUAAAAUGUUUUUAUCGACUGUUGUAAACUUUAAACAUAGGCCUAGUAUGCCAUUAAUGAGUUCGCUAUAUGAGAACACCUGUUCCUUUAAUAAUUAUAUACAUUUUCUAAUACGAUACCUUUAAUUAUUCUUUUGAGUUGUUAAUUAAACAUCAAUUUCCAUUGUGAUUACGUUGCUUCUCAGGCUAAUAAGAUUCUCUAUCAAUUAAAUCUCUAAGUUUUUGGAAUGGAGUUCUUUUGGUCGAAACCCAAGUAAUGUAAAUUUGCAUGACCAGUCCUCAUUUAGAAAGUAAGCACUUUUCAAUACGACUCUACAGCUUCUUAUAUCGACAUCAUUCUUACACACUUUGUCGAUAUACGGCCAUCACAUCGUUUUUUAAUAUAUUUUCUUCUGACUGCUAACGUUUUCAUGUAAUUUUCCAGUGAAUCCUGACUGGCUUUUUUUUUUAUCUCGAUAUAAUUUCUGAUAUUUUGUAUUAUUUUGUAUCAUAUCUGUACUGAUUCUCAAGGUAUUUAUUCAUGUUAUUCCUCACGUUAUACUUUCCUUGUUGUUGACGGUCUUAUUAUUCUUGGGAAUCUUAACAUUAAAAAUAAUAUUUUAUAAUUCACUUCACUUUUGUUUUUGAUAAUUAGGCCUAGGCCUAUUCAUGAUUAUUUAUGUUGUGUUUAAUAUUCCUCCCGUUGUUUCCUGACAUAACAACAAAUAUUAACCUUUAUCUGAUUUUUGAAGUCUCACGGAGUUUGAUAUAUUUUCUUCCACCUCGUGACGUUAAACGCCUAGUCCUAUUAUUAUAUUAUCCGUUGAUUCUUCAUAUUGUAUAUAAAUCCAUUGUAUAUUAAUCAAUUCUUAUUAGGCCUAUUCAUAUUAACUCAUAAAAAUGGCAUUCUUUUACUGUGGUUAAAACUCCAUUGCACUGGACUUUAUUGAACGAAAGCAUUUGCAAGUUACUAGGCACAGAUCAAAACCUAUCUGUCUCUAGAGUACGGUAUGCAUUGAGCGCCAUUGAAAACGUAUGCCACAGUAUGUUAAGACCUGACACUUAUUACCAAUAAUUGAUAGAGGGGUUAAACUACAAAUCUAUAUAGCUUCCGACCAAUUUGCCGCUUCCACUUUGACGAAAUCCUGUUAGCCGAAUACCAGUUUGCUGAUAUUAACAUCAUGAAACCCAGUUUGGCUAAACCCUGUUUGCCGAAUAUCGCCUCACUCUGCUAAAACGGUAUAUCGACGGCCCAUUAUCGCCAACGCCGUUGAACAAGGAGGUAGAGCAUCCUAAUUUGCUUAUCAUGAUGGGUGGCUCUGGACGUAGUUGUGUCUCCAAAAGUUCACAGACAGGGGCCGCCUAGAACCUCGGUGACUGGAGUAACAUCCCUAGUAGUUUAGGAUGACAACAUUGGCAAACACAAUUAUUUUAAUUUGAUAGGCAUUGUUCUUUAGUCCGACGACCUUUGCCGUAACAAAGUGAGAUUCGGGAAACUUGGUUUUACAAUUUGAGUCGGCAAUCUGACAUUCGGUGAAUUGAAUUUCGGUAAUCUAACCAGAUAGUAACAUAAUUACCGCCAUAAUGUAAUAAGAACAGAAGUCAUAAACAAGGCAUAAUGUGUUAACUAGAUGAUGACAAGUUUAAUAAUAACUACCAUGGUUGUACCUUGGUAAAGAGUUAUAUAUAUAAGAGUAGCAAUGCUAAUAAUGACAGUUAUCAUUAGCCCUAUAAUACAAUUCAUAAUCGAGAUUAUUGUUAACUACAGUGAUGAUAAAAAGGAAAUUCCGUCGACCAUUAUUCUACCAAAGUCAUAACUACCAUAAGGGUAAAAUGCUUAUAGUCGUAGUGCUAGCUACCACGACGUACACCGUUAUGCCUGAACAAGGCUAGGAAGUCUAAUGAUAAACUGCAGUACAAUGGUGAUAACUAGACAGUGAUAAUUAUCAUGAUUUUACCUUGAAUAAUAAUAACUACUGUAAGGGUAACAAUGCUAAUUUUAGUGAUAGCUACCAUAAUGGUACCGUACCGUAAAGGUAACAAGGCUGCGACAACUACAAAUAUGGCUGCUUGCUAAUACGAAAAUGAACAAACCAUAUAUACAUAUAUUAUUAUUAUUAUUAUUAUUAUUAUUAU